GCCCGGCAACCAGUCGGCACAUUUCUGGGAGGUCCUGUGUGGAUGGCAGCAGCUGUUAUUCACUUCAGGGGAGAGAGAGAGAGCGAGAGAGAACAUGUUAGGGUACAGAGAUUGAGGGAGGAGAGACAGUUUAGUCAGAGAGGAGGAAAAGGAGGAGCAGAAGAGGGGGUCAGAGACACAGUGAGAGAGUAAUAGAGGAGCCACCAUCUCUUGCCUUUAUCGAGAAAGUUUGCUUCUGCGACCGAGGAGGAGGAGGAGAGGGAGGCAGAAUAGGCCAUUUCUAAGCCUGGUUGAGACGGUGUCUAUCAGAGCAGAGAAGAGAGGGAUGUGUGGCGUAUGGAGGAGUCGUCCUCCGUGCUUCUGCACUCCAACACACUACAGUACCUGUGCCUGCUGGAGCAGUGGAUCUAGAGCCAUGCCUCCCCACAGGCUCUCAGCCUGACCCACUCUGGAGGGACGGGAACAGAGGACAGCCUGGGUGACCUGGAUAUGAGCUGAGCUGAGGCAGUACACAGUGUGCAAGUUAUUUGAGACAGAUCCUGACUUCAACUGGGUUUGGGUUGAGCCAAACAGAUCCAAAUAGGUUUUAGUCUGAAUCUUGAUCUAACGCUGGUGUUUGUUGAAACACGUCCAGAGCUGUUCUGGGUCCGGCCUGCGGAUGACCAUAGAAGUUCUGUAGUGGUCCAAAGAGGUUUAACCGCUCAGGACCAGGACAGUUUGCCAGAAGAGGAGACUCCAUGUUUGGCAAUGCACACAGUGGACAACUGGGCAACGUUCUAUAUCUGUAGUGCCAUGAUGUUUACUGGAUCUGCUAACAAGAACACACCACACCUGGCACAGGAACCUACACCUGGCACCAUGGACUAACCUGCUCUGAGUCGCUUUAUAGUGGCCCCCUGUUGAUCUUUUGCAGGAGAACUUCGGAGCAAAAAAAUGUGGAAAUUAAAGACCUUCUGUAUGGAUUACUGGCAUGUGUUGUGUCUACAUCCUCACAAUACCUUUCAUAAGAGUGUGGAGGGAGAUGCGCGGCCCAGUGAGAGUGACGGUGGAGCAAGCUACAGGGGCCCAGUGAUAAGCCCAGACCGCUUCGAGGGCCCCCUCUACGGCCACGGGGUGCAGCCGGGCCCCCAGCGGCCCCCCCGCAGGCCCAAGCUCCAGCACUCGCAGUCCAUCCUCCGCAAGCAGGCCGAGGAGGAGGCCAUCAAACGCUCCCGCUCGCUCUCCGAGGGCUAUGAGCUCUCCGCUGAUCUCCAGGACAAACAGGUGGAGAUGCUGGAGCGUAAAUACGGAGGACGCUUCAUAACCCGGCAUGCGGCCCGCACCAUCCAGACAGCCUUCCGCCAGUACCAGAUGAACAAAAACUUUGAGCGUCUCAGGAGUUCUAUGUCUGAGAACCGCAUGUCCCGACGCAUCGUCCUGUCCAACAUGAGGAUGCAGUUCUCCUUCGAGGGCCCUGAGAAAGUCCACAGCUCCUACUUUGAGGGGAAACAGGUGUCCCUGACAGACGACGGUACCCCCCUGGCCUUGGUACAGUCCGAGUGCGGGGACAUGGAGGUCCACCACCAGGCCAACAUGGCGUCUCACCCUGCCUCCCAGAACGACCUGACGGACGCCAUCACGGAGUUGGAGGACGCCUUCUCCAGGCAGGUGAAGUCUCUGGCCGAAUCCAUUGAUGACGCCUUGAACUGCCGCAGCCUGCAGGGCGACGAGGGUCUUGACCCUGAGGCCAUGGGCUGCCCCGAGGUGGAGAGGGAGGUGGCCUAUCAGGUGAAGCCUCACCGCGGGGUGGCGGGACGCAUGCGAGAGGACAUGAUGGCAUCCUACAGCGAUGUGACUCUGUUUAUCGACGAGGAGGAGCUGUCUCCCUCUCUGGGGCUGUCGCGGGGGUCAGGUGACCAGCCCUCCAGCAUUGAGUCAGACUUACGCCUGCGCUCAGCCAACUCCUCCCAGGAGUACUGGCCCCUGGACGCUAAAGAUGAGGGGCGUGACACAGACACCAGCUGCCGCAGCACCCCUUCCCUGGAGUGCCAGGAGCAGCGGCUCCGGGUGGACCACCUCCCCCUGCUGACCAUCGAGCCGCCCAGCGACAGCUCCGCCGAACACAGUGACCGCUCUGACCGCAGCUCCGUCAAACGGCCGCCCGUCUACGAGCCUCACGGGGGCAGCCACAUCAUGGCGUCCUCCAAGGCUAGCCCCAAACACAUCUCUCAUGGGCCACCCCCGCGGGCGCCCUCCAGGGAUGACGAAGCGCCCCUCCGCCACCGCCACCGGGCGCUGGAAAGCCACCUGGCCAUCAACGGCUCUGCCAACCGGCAGAGCAAGUCUGAGUCUGACUUCUCAGACGGGGAUAACGACAGCAUCAAUAGCACGUCUAACUCCAACGACACCAUCAAUUGCAGCUCUGAGUCGUCCAGGGACAGCCUGAGGGAGCAGACACUCUGCAAGCAGACAUACCACAAAGAGACACGCAACAGCUGGGACUCGCCCGUCUUCAGCAACGAUGUGAUCCGCAAGAGGCACUACCGCAUCGGCCUGAACCUCUUCAACAAGAAGCCAGAGAAAGGCGUCCAGUACUUGACUGAGAGAGGGUUCGUCCCGGACACGCCUGUGGGUGUGGCUCACUUCCUGCUUCAGAGGAAGGGCCUGAGCAGGCAGAUGAUUGGAGAGUUCCUGGGCAACCGUCAGAAACAGUUCAACAGAGACGUCCUGGACUGUGUGGUGGACGAGAUGGAUUUCUCGUCAAUGGAGCUGGACGAGGCACUGAGAAAGUUCCAGAACCACAUCCGGGUCCAGGGAGAGGCCCAGAAGGUGGAGCGCCUCAUCGAAGCCUACAGCCAACGCUACUGUAUCUGUAACCCCACGGUGGUGCGACAGUUCCGGAACCCUGAUACCAUCUUCAUCCUGGCCUUCGCCAUCAUCCUCCUCAACACAGACAUGUACAGCCCCAACGUCAAGCCAGAGAGGAAGAUGAAGCUGGAGGACUUCGUCAAGAACCUCCGAGGGGUGGAUGAUGGGGAGGACAUCCCCAGGGAGACUCUGGUAGGAAUAUAUGAAAGGAUCAGGAAGAGGGAGCUGAAGACCAACGAGGACCACGUGUCUCAAGUUCAGAAGGUGGAGAAACUCAUAGUGGGGAAGAAACCGAUUGGAUCUCUCCACCAUGGAAUAGGAUGUGUGCUGUCCCUGCCCCAUCGCAGGCUAGUGUGCUACUGUCGGCUGUUUGAAGUGCCAGACCCCAACAAGCUCCAGAAGUUAGGCCUGCACCAGCGGGAGAUCUUCCUGUUCAAUGACCUUCUGGUGGUGACAAAGAUUUUCCAGAAGAAGAAGAACUCUGUGACAUACAGCUUCCGGCAGUCUUUCUCUCUGUAUGGGAUGCAGGUUCUGAUGUUUGAGAACCAGUAUUACGGGAAUGGAAUCAGGCUUACAUCAGCCAUACCAGGUGCCGACAUCAAGGUCCUCAUCAACUUUAAUGCGCCCAACCCCCAGGACCGCAAGAAGUUCACUGACGACCUGCGAGAGUCUAUCGCCGAGGUCCAGGAAAUGGAGAAAUACAGGAUAGAGUCUGAGCUUGAGAAGCAGAAAGGGGUGGUGAGGCCCAGUAUGUCCCAGAGCUCUGGGCUGAAGAAGGAGGCUGGCAAUGGCAACAUGAACCGGGCCAGUCUGGACGACACCUACACCAUGGGCGAGGGCCUAAAGAGGAGCGCCCUCAGCAGCUCCCUCCGCGACCUCUCCGAAGCAGGCAAGCGUGGGCGCCGCAGCAGUGCAGGAUCACUAGACAGCAAUAUGGAAGGGUCCAUCAUUAACAGUCCUCACAUACGCCGGAGAGCCACCACCCCACGCAGCGAGGGCCCGCCCCGGGGCCACCCCACCAUCCCCAACUCCUCCUCCCUCCUCGGGUCGCUCUUUGGCAGCAAACGGGGGAAGCCUUCAUCCCAGAGCCAUCCUCCUCUUCCUCUGCCUGGUCACCCCACCCUCAUCUCCCACACGCCCCAUCCGUCCAACCUCCACCACACAGCCCAGCAGGUAGCCCAGGCCCAGCUCCACCACUCCCAGUACUGCCACGUCCAACAGAACCCCCCUCCCUACCACCACCACCACCAUUACCACCCCCCUCCCCACACACAGUACCACCAGCACCCGGCAGCAUAUGCAUCCUCCUCCCACACACACCAACACACCCACCCCCACCCGCAUGUACCACAGCACAGCCACGCCACCCAUAGCCAGCAUUCCCAUCACGCAUCACACUCCCAGCAUGCCCCUCACCACCACGGUCAGCUGCAGGGCCCGGCACCCAGCGGGCCCAAACCCAAACACAGUGGCAUCAGCACCGUGGUGUGACGUCCCUCACUGAAAGAGAGCGCGAGAGAGAGCGAGAGCAAAAGAGAGAACGAAAGAGAGAGAGAGAGAGAGCGAGCGAGAGCUAGAGAGAGAGAAAAGGUUGAAUGAGCAAAAGGAAAGAGUGAGUGAGUGAACUUAAGGGAGGGACAGUCUCUUCCCCCAAAGGGACAGAGGGUAUACUGUCAGUCGAUGGCCUAUCUACUGUGUUCCACUGCUGUGAUGGAGAUGGACCUCUGGCAGUCCCAUGUAUCCCCUCCCCCCUUCAGCUGCUCACCAUUAUGCUGGAUGGAAACCAGACUCAAUUCUUCCACAAAGGGCCUCAGCUCGAACCUUAGUAAGGGCCUCUGUCUCUCUGUCAGGGCUUCAGGGAGGUGUUUUGUACGGGGAAACGCUUUCCCUCCUCCUCCUCACGAACUCACACCAAACCCGGCUGUGACGGCUGAAGAGAACCGUGCGUUCUCUGUAGGCCGCUGUCCACUUCUCUGUUCUUUCAAUAGCCUGUCUUCCCUUCACGUCAUCAGGAGACAAGACCCCCUGGGAUAGGCCUGAGAAAACAAGUCUGACUGUUUUCUCUGUCACAUUGGCAUAUCAAAUCGUAUACAGUCUUUUUAAACAAAGCUAGCUUUUAACACUGCUUUCUUGAGGUUUCCGAAACGCUCUUCAUUUUUAAGAAUGCUUUUUGUUCUUGCCUCUCCUAGAAUUCAUGUAGUGUAAAAAAGCGAGGCGUAAUCAUUUCACAAAAACUAGACCAACGGACAGGCUAACAACAGUCUCAAUCGUAGUAGUUCUAGUGUUGUAUUUACUGUAGAUGACAGCUUGACGUGUUGUCUCCUAGCUCUCAUUGAUAAAUGUGCCAAUUACUAACGCAUAAACUAUUUAGUCUAGACUUCAUGUACGGUAUAUUGUGCGUAAAGUACCUUGUAAGAUUAUACUUACAACCAUUAUUAUCAUUAGAAAUAAACUGUAUCAGUAUUAUACUGACUCUAUGGUAACAGGAUAGAUGGGAAGGGGGAGUGGAGCCACAUUGUCAGGCAGGCCAAUAACCUAAUCUGGAACCUUUUGCCUUCCAACCAGAGCAUUGAGAGACUGGAAUGCAGCUGUGGCACAUGGCCCUCCUAAUGCUGGGCUGUCAUGUAUAAAACCUCAGAGUGAACAGAUAUGGGUGUCUACUGACCAUAUGUUGUUCCUAUGCCGGGUGGACGGGUCUCACUUGGCUCGGUGUAGUACUCCUUUAUGAAGUACUGAAGUGUAGUACUGUGAGUAAGGACAUGUAGUAAGAUGGCAGUGGGGAAGUGUCCCAGAUCUCGUGUUGAGCUCAUGGCCUUCGUUUGGUUGUAUGCUGGCUAAGCUCGCAGCUUUCCUGACCUCUCAGACACUUUACGUUAUAGAAGUUGAGGCUCACGUCGCUUUACUGAUGGACCCGCAGUAAAGCUGACAACGUCUCAUGCCUUUGAUAUAUGAAGCAGCUGCAUUCUUGACUCUUCAAAUCAAAAUACGAUAAUCCUUUUUUUUUUUUUUUUGUCAUCAUUUACUAUAUCUUUGUUGUCACCACAAAACCUGAGUAGGUGAGUGACUAGAAUUUAGUUUUUUGUUUGUCAUCUUAGUUUUUUUUUAUCAUUAUGUACAGUAUGUGCAAUAUCUUCGUACUGGUUUUGUACAUUCAAGACAAAAAAAGUGUCCCCUCUGUUUGUUUUGUGUGUUUUCAUGUUGCGUCGUUAUUUAUUUAGGUUCGGACCCCUGUCGUUCUCUCUCAGUGGCUUAACGCGUGGCUGUUCUCGUGGUUCUCUGAGAAACACAGUCCUGCAGUUUUCGAAUUCAGUGGAAUUCAGUGGAAUGUCGAAGUGAUUUUGCAUGUAAUGUUAUUCAUGUGAGGCUACCCUCAGCACAUUGUAUAACAAAUCAGUGUUACCAUAGUCGAUUGAAGUGCAAUCACAUAAAAAACAUGCAGACUUGUAGGCCCUUUACAGGUUCAAGUCUGUUAUCAUGUCGUCCUGGAAGAGAUUCAGGUGAAUUCUUUUUUUUUCUUUUUUUUCAGAUGAUAUACUUAUUUAGACAGUUGACGGCAGUGCUUGACUCGGACUGAAAUAGGUUCCGGUACUCAUUUUGGGUACCAGUACUGUUUAUAUUUAGGUGCUGGAGCUCCUCGAUACUUAUGAGCUUAAGAUUCUAUAAGAGGAACAGAACCUCGAGCAGUAGUUUGAAGUGCCGGUACUCUGCUCCGGUGUCCCAAGUCAAGCACUGGUUGACGGUGAAAAGAAAGAGGAAUGUGUGUAUAUAUUUUAAUAAAGGAAUAUGCUUCCCUCUGGGCAGAACAUAAAUAUUUUGCUGGAUAAGCACAUAUGAAGGAGCGCUUUCAUUUUUCAGGAAAUCCAGAUCUAAUACACAGCAAAGAAAUGCAAAUAAAACAAAGGAACUGGGUUAUAUGUAAAGGAAAAUAUCUUUCUACAUUCUACAAAAUAAGAGUAUAUUAUCGUGUGUACAUUUAAAGUAAAAGUCAACUGUUUGUCCCAAUAUUCCGGGUGUAAAUGUAUUUUAACAUUCACUAAGGAAACCACAACCAUAAGUCAGACUUCCCACUGGGCACACAUGUUUCUACAUCAUCUCAAUGACAUUACGUUGAACCAACGUGGAAUAGACGUUGAAUUGACACCUGUGCCCAGUGGGUUGAGGCCUCGGCUUCACUCAACACGUCUGUUCAUGUUAAAUCCAUGAUAUAACAACAAAUAAGGAAAUGUAGACAAACAUAUCUUACCUAUGAAAUGAAUAAUCAAUUGAAUGUCCUUCUAAUUUUCUUUUUUGUAACUCAGAGAUGGUCGGACAAUGUAGAAAUAGAGACCGAAAUGUAUACAUUUAUCUUGAUAUGUGUCGUAGUGCUUCAAGAAAUGUCCACAGUCUAUAGUCUGAUACGUACCCCCACAAUGCACUGCAUGGACCUGAUGCAUCGUGUGUCUUUUUCACUGUGAGCUGACUGAACAGGUCGGCCUUGUAAAGUCGAUGAACUUUAUUUCCUCUCUUUUCAUUGGUUUAGAUUUGGAAUCUCCUGAUGUUGACUUGCUCUUGCAUCUCACAUUAAGCUGAUUGUUACUAUAGCUCAGCAUGCAUUUCAUCUACAUACACACUACCAGUCAAAAGUUUUAGAACGCCAACUCAUUCAAUGGUUGUACUUUAUUUUUUACUCUUUUCUACAUUGUAGAAUAAUAGUGAAGACAUCAAAACUAUGAAAUUACACAUAUUGAAUCAUGUAGUAACCAAAAAAGUGUUAAAUAAAUGCAAAUAUAUUUGAGGUUCUUCAAAUAGCCAACCUUUGCCUUGAUGACAGCUUUGCACACUCUUGGCAUUCUCUCAACCAGCUUCAUGAGGUAGUCAUCUGGAAUGCAUUUCAAUUAACAAUUAAGUUCAUUUGUGGAGGGGGGGGGGGGGGGGUGGUAUACAGAAGAAAGCCCUAUUUGGUAAAAGACCAAGUCCAUAUUCUGUCAAGAACAGCUCAAAUAAGCAAAGAGAAAGGACAGUCCAUUACUUUAAGACAUGAAGGUCAGUCAAUAUGGAAAAUUUCGAGAACUUUGAAAGUGCAGUCGCAAAAACCGUCAAGCGCUAUGAUGAAACUGACUCUCACGAGGACCGCCACAGGAAAGGAAGACCCAUAGUUACCUCUGCUGCAGAGGAUAAGUUCAUUAGAGUUACCAGUCUCAGAACUUGCAGCCCAAAUAAAUGCUUCAGAGUUCAAGUAACAGACACAUAUCAACAUCAACUGUUCAGAGGAGGAUGUGUGAAUCAGGGCUUCAGGGUCGCAUUGUUGCAAAGAAACCACUUCUGAAGGACACCAAUAAGAAGAAGAGACUUGCUUUGGCCAAGAAACACGAGCAAUGGACAUUAGACCGGUGGAAAUCUGUCCUUUGGUCUGGGUCUGGAGUCCAGAUUUGAGAUUUUUGGUUACAACCGCCGUGUCUUUGUGAGAUGCAGUGUGGGUGAACGGAUGAUCUCUGCAUGUGUAUUUCCCACCGUAAAGCAUGGAAGAGGUGUGGGGGUGCUUUGCUGGUGACACAGUCUGUGAUUUAUUUAGAAUUCAAGGCACACUUAACCAGCAUGGCUACCACAGCAUUCUGCAGCGAUACGCCAUCCCAUCUGGUUUGGGCUUAGUGGCACCAUCAUUUGUUUUUCAACAGGACAAUGACCCAACACACCUCCAGGCUGUGUAAGGGCUAUUUGACCAAGAAGGAGAGUGAAGGAGUGCUGCAUCAGAUGACCUGGCCUCCACAAUUCCCCGACCUCAACCCAAUUGAGAUGGUUUGGGAUGGACUGCAGAGUGAAGGAAAAGCAGCCAACAACUGCUCAGCGUUUGGGAACUCCUUCAAGACUGUUGGAAAAGCAUUCAAGGUGAAGCUGGUUGAGAGAAUGCCAAGAGUGUGCAAAGCUGUCAUCAAGGCAACAGUUGGCUUUUUGAAGAAUCUCAAAUCUAAAUUAUAAUUUUGCUUUAUUUAACACUUUUUUUUGGUCACUACAUAAUUCCAUAUGUGUCAUUUCAUAGUUUUAAUGUCUUCACUAUUAUUCUCAAAAGUAGAAAAUAGUAAAAAUGCCGAAAAACCCUUGAAUGAGUAGGUGUUCUAAAACUUUUGGCCGGUAGUGUACGUGGUCAUUGUAAAAAUAACAAACCAUGAACACGUCGCAUUAAUGUUAUUAUUGAGCCCGGGUGCUUUCGCUUUGAAAAUGGCGGAGUAGAAGUGCUGAUUUGUGGAAUUAUAAAAAGGGUGAUUCAGCUAAAAUGAAGACGAGAAGAGACCAAGUGGGAGAAAAAUAAUCUGUACAUAGUGAGUACAUUAUCACUACUCUAAUCCCAAUAUCUGCAGUGGACAUCAUAUAAAGUGACGACCUUAUAUGGGAGGUUGAAGAUAUGAUUUUCAACAUAUCGCUCGUCUCUGCCAGCGAAAUUAGUGAACUGUCAUUCGCUGUGGCUCUGACAGACUGUUCUAACGUUCCCUGCCCCUACACGCGCACACACACACUCUCUUUCUCUCAUCCCAUGCUGCAAGCUGUUCUAUCAGGCGCGAGCCACACUUUAAAAAGGGCAAGACAAGAGAUGCCUCAUUUCAAUGUGCAUUCAGUUUGUCCAGUGAGUAGUGAGUCAGUAAGACCCCAGUUAUCGUAAAACUUCAACUGUGACAAUGUUGACAACGCUAAAUAAACAAAUAUAUGACUUAUGGUA